GAGAGUGUGUGUGUGUGUGUCAGCUUUUUUUUUCUCCUUCUGACUGAUUCCACUGCUCCUGUUGCUCUUCAUCUUUCUCUGAUGGGUUGGAUUACAAGCGGAAAAGCCAAAUAGAAAUGAUAGAAUGACAACCCCCUCUGCUGUUUAUCGCGUGGAAGGCAGUGGUGGAAUGGACGGUCCUCCUAGAUUGAUUGGAUCAGUGGGAUAAACAUGCCAUGUUGAUGUAAGCCAGCAAACAGGUGUCCAGGAUGAGCUGGAUCGGAGCCUGCUGACUCCCCUGCGGAGGAGCGUGGGUCUCUGCCUGGCAGAUCGCCCCCGCCGGCCGGCCGACCCCUGACGCAGCGUCCCAGCCGCCCGCCUCAACCCCCCCCACCUCCGCCUCCACCUCCACCCCCACCCCACCCAGCCCAACAUGCUGAUUAAGGAGUACCGGAUCCCCAUGCCGCUGAGCGUGGAGGAGUACCGCAUCGCCCAGCUCUACAUGAUCCAGAAGAAGAGUCGAGAGGAGACGUGUGGCGAGGGCAGCGGGGUGGAGAUCCUGGAGAACCGGCCGUAUGCGGACGGCCCGGGCGGCGAGGGCCAGUACACGCACAAGGUGUACCACAUCGGGCAGCACAUCCCCGGCUGGUUCCGCUCCAUCCUGCCCAAGGCCGCGCUGCGCGUGGAGGAGGAGUCCUGGAACGCCUACCCGUACACGCGCACGCGCUACACGUGUCCAUUUGUGGAGAAGUUCUCCAUUGACAUCGAGACUCACUACAAGCCGGACACCGGGACCAAAGAGGAUGUCUUUAACCUGUCCUCGUCAGAGAAGCGCGAGAGGACCGUAGAUCCCAUAGACAUAGUGAAAGACUUCAUCGCCCCUCACGAGUACCUGGCGGAGGAGGACCCGCGCCUCUACACGUCGGAGAAGACGCUCCGGGGGCCGCUGACGGACGACUGGAUCCAGGAGAUCGAGGACGACCCGGGCAAGAGCCCCGUCAUGUGCGCCUACAAGCUGUGCAAGGUGGAGUUCCGCUACUGGGGCAUGCAGUCCAAGAUCGAGCGCUUCAUCCACGACGUGGGCCUGCGUAAGGUGAUGGUGCGCGCCCACAGGCAGGCGUGGUGCUGGCAGGACGAGUGGUACGGUCUGACCAUCGAGGACAUCCGGCAGCUGGAGCUGGAGACCCAGCUGGCGCUGGCCGCCAAGAUGGCGCAGUACAGCUGCAACGAGGAAGGGGGCGCCGGAGAGGCCAAGGGCGCGGCCCCCACCCCCGACCAGCAGCCCGAGGACAAGCAGCCGAUCGGCGCGGCGGAGGCCGAGGAGUCAGGGCGCGCCUCGGUGGACACGCUGCAGGCCAGAGGGGAGCUGACCAAGCAGUGGUCCACCUCCUCGCGCUCCUCACGCUCCUCAAAGAGGGGGGCAGGAAGUCCUUCUAGCCAUAGCCUAUCAGAGUGGCGCAUGCAGAGUAUAGCGCGAGACUCCGACGACAGCACAGACGACGAGUUCUUCGAUGCCCCUGAGGGCUUCUCUGACAAUGAGGAGAAUUUCCCCAAGGAGAUCACCAAGUGGAGCUCCAACGAUAUGAUGGAUAAGAUUGAGACCACAGAUGCUGAUGAAUCGCAAGGUGACUUGUAUCCAGAACCUGGGGGUGAUUUUGUUGAACCACCUAGCGUGGAGAGGGUCACUGAGGACGGCUCUUCUCAGCAGUGCUUGCAGCCCUCUAAGAUCCACGUGCUGGUUCUGGUCCUCCACGGCGGGAACAUCCUGGACACGGGGGCCGGCGACCACACCAGCAAGCAGGGCGACCUGAACACGCUGAGCACGGCGUUCGAGACGGUCAUGCGUGUCCACUACCCCGCCGCGCUGGGCCGCACCGCCCUGCGCCUCGUGCCCUGCCCGCCCGUCUGCGCCGAGGCCUUCUCUCUCGUCUCCCAUCUGAGUCCAUACAGCUAUGACGAGGGCUGCCUGUCCAACAGUCAGGACCACAUCCCCCUCGCCGCACUCCCUCUGCUGGCCACCUCCGCCCCGCAGUACCAGGAGGCGGUUGCCACAGUGAUCACGCGGGCCAACCAGGUGUACAGCGACUUCAUCAGGUCUGCCGAAGGAGCUUCCUUUUCUGGCCAGGUGUGUCUGAUUGGAGACUGCGUGGGGGGUAUUCUGGCGUUUGAUGCGCUGUGCAGCAGCAACCUGAGUGUGUGUGAGAGCCAGAGCAGCAGCAGGCGGACCAGCAUCGUCAGUGUGCAGGACCAUGACCUGCUGUCCCCGGCUCUCCUGGUGAAUUCUGGGCCGUGCGGCACCACUCUGGAGGGCAGUCGGCAUCUGAGCCGCAGCAACAUCGACAUCCCACGCUGCACCGGGGCCGAGGAACCACGGAAACAGUUGCCACGGAAACGCAGCGACUCUUCCACCUAUGAGCUGGACACCAUCAAACAGCACCAGGCCUUCCUGUCCAGUCUCCACUCCAGCGUGCUGCGUAACGACCCCGGCUCCCGUCGCUCAAGCAGCAGCACCAUGCUGGAG